UAACGUGAACCUGGGUUAUAUGCAUUUUCAUUUUCAUUUUCCUGCAUUUGAUGAUGUAGCACAUCGAGCACCGCACAUGAAGUAUCGUUCUGCUACAACUAUCUCUACAAAUCUGCCUGAGAUUUAAAAUAAGGAGCAAUCUUACGUCAUAGAGUCCGAGGAUUUAACACAGCUAUUGGGAAAGGCAUGGCGCGUCUUCUGGAGAUAACAAUUUGUGCAAUAUCUUGCGCUAUAGCAUUGACGUCUAACGCGGAAGGAGAGACUGUUCAAUGUAGAGAAGUGUAUAGACCUUGUUUUGAAAGUCUGUGUAGCUGUUCAGCUAAAUGUGUCAGAUGUAUAAACAACGGAGCGAAUCUCACACAGAUUCCAGACUUGCAACCUACAACGGAGUUUCUGAACUUUUCAUCAAACCAUCUUGGAGAGCUAACUAGAGACAUGUUUCGAAAUAUAUCCCAGUUGAAAAUUCUGAUACUCCGCAACAACAGUAUCACAAACAUCUCCAGAGACGCAUUUCAAGACAUGUUGAUGCUAGAGAUUCUUGAUCUUAGAUACAGUAGUGUGUCUGAAAGUGUGCUACAGAAAUCUUUUCAUAGUUUGCAAAAUAACCUCAGAUCUCUUGACCUUUCAGAAAACAAUUUUUUGCGGAAUAUUACAGAUGAUUUUAUAGAUGGGCUUACACGACUGAACAUACAAGUUUUCAAAAUGGAGUUUUGUCGAAUCAAAUAUGUCAACUUUUCCGUGAUAUCUCGUCUGAAGUCACUAAGAACUUUAAGCUUUCUUCACAAUGACAUAUCUUGGACAACAGCUGAUGUUCCCUCGCAUUUGACUCAUAUCUCGCUCCGAUCAAACUCACUGACCCAUCUUCCUGGAUUGUGUGUUCAUACAAAUAUCUCACAACUUCAAUCACUAGAUAUACGCGAAAAUGCAAUAAGAUACAUCUCAAAUGCUAGUUUGAUAUGUCUAAAGAAACUGGAUUUUUUUAAUGCCAUAGAAAAUUUAAUAUUGAAGAUUCAUUCAAAUACAUUUUCUUCAUUACCAAACCUUCGGUUUAUUGCAAUAAGCAAUGCAUUCAGGAGUUACUUUCCCCAAAAAAGACUCGAGGAAUAUGCUUUUAAUAACAGUGCUGUUAAGAAACUUUACCUCAGUGGAAUUGCAAAAUUUGGUUAUUUCGAUUAUAUUGUUAGCCCAAAAGCACUCCGAGGGUGCACGGGACUAACAUGGCUGGACCUAUCCUACAAUACUAUGCUAUACUUUAAUGAUAGCUUUUUAGAAACACUCUUAUUUGGAAUUGAAAAAUUAGAGAUGCUACGAAUGCCAAGGUGCCAGUUAUCAUUUUUUCCAAAGGUAAUAUCGAACCUCCGGGAACUUAAAGAAAUCGAUCUUCAUGGAAACCGAAUUAUGUCUUUACCUUCAGGAGUGUUCACAAGCUUGACGAAACUAAGACGUAUACGACUUUCACAAAAUUCCAUUCAGAUCGUCAGUGAAGACGUAUUUCCAAUACCAAUCAGAAACCAACUCACACACUUGAAUUUGGCAACAAAUGAUUAUGUCUGCACUUGUGCUAAUCUUUGGUACAUUACAUGGGCAAAGGCAGACAAACAUAUUUUCACGGACUUUCCUAAUUCCUAUCAAUGCGGAUAUCCACUGAACCUCAAAUCAACGCUUCUCAUUGAUGCCAACAUCUCUGAACAGACUUGUCGAAUCUCACCUUAUGUGUUUCCCAUAAUCUUUGGUCUGUCCUUAGUUUCAAUAGUGUUUAUAGUAGUUCUCUCCAUUGCCUACAGAUUACGUUGGAGCAUUCGCUAUUGCAUCCACAUGUUGAGAUACAAAAGAAGGAAGCCAAUUGAUGAAACGAUAUACGUCUAUGACGCGUUUGUGCUGUACUGUGAAGAUGAUUCGCCUUGGGUAAGAAAUAAUAUCAUACCAAGGAUUGAAGACGAAGCCAACUUUAAGCUGUGUAUCCAUGAAAGAGACUUUAUUCCCGGGCAAUAUAUAAUUGAUAACAUUGUAACCAGUUUGGAAAGCAGCAGAAAAGUCAUCAUGGUGCUGUCCAAUUAUUUCAUUCUCAGUCCAUGGUGUCAGUUCGAGCUGAGUCUGAUCCAGAAACGGGCUCUGGAGAAGGAAGAGGGUUACCUGUUGGUGGUGCUGCUUGAGAACAUUGAGUCCCGAAACAUGACGUCAUCACUGUAUGCCCUCUUCCAGACGACUACCUAUAUUACGUGGCCAGAAGAGGAGGAGGAUAGACGAGUAUUCUGGAUGCAACUAAAACAGUGUUUGGAAAGAUAAGAGUUAAACGAUAGACCUCAAAAUAUUUCCGACAGAGAAAUUAAACAAUCAGGACGUCGACCUAAAUAAAUAGUGUGUGCUGUCUGAAUUUGAGGUUUCAGUACUGGAACAAAUUUACAUGCACUACUAUACAGGAUAAUCAUCAAUUACUCGUGAAACAUAUAAGCCAAGUAUUUUUGUCUUUGGAAUCAGAGUUGUAUCUGGGCAUCGACUUGAAUGUUUUAGGAGAAUGUUUGUCUUCUGAAUUGAUAAACGACAUGUGAUAACGCUAAUGCUAAAUGAGAGAUAUAGGCUGAAUGCUGAACUAUUCCGGAGUCCGUUAGUUUAACAUCACUGUUGUUUUAAACUUGUUUGUUAUUGAAAUUUGUUUUAAGAAACAACGUGUGCUGUGUCAAUCCUUAGCUUACUGUAUUCAUACAAAGUGUAAAUGUCUAAGAUAAGUUGCAUGUUAUUGUAUAUACGUUUUCCUGUAAAUAUUGCGAUCAAAAUAUUGUAUAAAAUUGUACAUAUGAUGA